CAAGCUUCUUUUUAAUAUGUAACCAUUUAAUGAAUACAGUCAUGUUUGGAUAUCCGUUUAUUUCAGUAAAAUAAACGACAUAGGAAUCAUCAGUCACUAUUACACUAUUUCUAUUUUGAGUACUAGUACACAUGUGAUUAACACUUCUCAAAACCGUCAUCAAAAUACAAUCUACCAUCAUUCUUGUGAAGAGAUUUGCCAUUAUGGUUGACAAAAGUGAGAAAGAAUGACAAGGAAUGUCUAAUAAUAGGAUUUAUACUUGUAAAAUGGUGUUACGAUUGCUCAGGUGCAGACGAGGACUUGAAACAUAGUCUGACUUAGUCCUUGUUCAUUUCAAAACAAUUAAUUUUAUCAAAACAUGUGAAACAAAAAAUGCAACUAAAUGUGCAAACAGAAAUGUAUCUAUACUCCACAUAAAUGUGUUUACUUUCUAACAGAAUAAUCUCGAUCCAGUCGUUUUGUAUAAACUUCGAUACAGGGGAUGACCAAUGUUUCGAUUAAUGUUUGUAUUAACUAGUCAAACAACAGUAAAUCAACAAACUUUUUAUCAAAGAUAUAAAUAGCCGAUGCUAUCUAGCUAUGUUUUUAAGGUAAUAGAACUCAUUGGGAUAUGUACAUAUCCAAAAUAUUCAUCAUUCAUAAACUUGUGUGUAUGAAUAGACUAAGGCUAUGCGAGAUAACGUCAGCCGUAAUCUUCUUUACUUAUUCCGAAAGACUAUCCUUGAAGGGAAAUAGAAGUAUUAGUCAUCCAGUUCAUCCAUAUUUAUCACGGGAACAAAAAACAUGUUCCAAUAUUUUUAAUUGGUUUCCAGACAAACCUAGUGUUUCUUUGACCAUUUCGAUUAACAUUCAUUACAAAGUUCCACAGAAGAAGACGCGGCUUUAUCUUGAAGUUUACUUUUCAGAAGUGUCAAUAAAUAAUGAAUGGAAAAAAGUCUUGAAAAUGCUUGUAUGACUUUCCUUCUUUGUCCAUGACUGUUUGGGAAGCAAUAAGAAAAGUAAAGUACUACAGCAGAGUAUGAUGAUUAAUGAGGGGUAAACAAAUGUCUUUACAUUUAAAACAAAGUCAGUGGUCCAUAAAACUAUCAGUAAAAGCAAAUAAUAAAUGGCCUUUCAACUGUUGUAAUUCCUGGUAUUUUGAAUAAAGUGAAAAACUAUCCAUCAACUGUUUGCAUACAUGGUGUGCAACAGGUGACGUGUAGCAGAGGCCGUGCUUUUAAGAUUUACUAUAAUGUAACAUUUAGAUCUACAGUAUGUUAAUAAAUUUACACUGAUACAUGCAGCCGUUUAACAUUGAUGAAAUUUUACUUGCCUGUUUGAAAUAUUACAAGGAAUGUGUUCUGAAAUUCAGUUUAAAUGAAAUCAUUUGUAUUGAAAUAGCUUAUGAGCACUGCUUAUGUCUUCACUCUAUACACUCUGUUUGAAAAGUUACCUGUACUAGUUAAAAUAAACUGAAAAAAUUGAGAAAAAGCUUCUCACUGUACUCUAGAUUUAAAUAUGGAAUAAAAUUUGAAUUUUACAUUUAAAACAUUUCCCCACUUUUUCAGCUUUGUUAUGAAUUUUACUGAAAAUGUUACCGAUAAGGUAGGCCUACUGAAAACUGGACGUUAUACGUUUUCCUAUUGAUGACUAUAUCAGGUCACCCACAAGCAUAACUAAUUCAAAUCAUAGUAAUGUAGUAAUAUGGUUUAAUUUUGACCCGUUUUUAGUUCAUUUCGCUGCUAAAUGUUAAACUAUCACAAUUCUUUUUUAGAAUCUGUAUCUCAUUAACCUACUUUCUGAGUAUGAAAUUCAUUUUUACCCUUAAAGGAUAUUGCAACUUUAGAUUUAACUGCAUUCAAAAUCGAUGUUGGCGCAAGAAUUAAAGCCAUUUCUAUCCUACCGAAAAUUAUGACACUAGAUAUGAACAAAGCUCGACCUUCUGAAAUGUCAAUUUAUCGGAAACCUAUUCAUGAAACUAUAGGUUCAAAAGAUUUGUCAAAUGGGAAUCCUACAAUUCAGUUCAGUUUAAUCUAUGACAGCCUAAUACUUCUAGCCCAUGGUCUCAGUACAGUAACCAGAACACGACCAUUACUGACUCAAAAAUUGAGCUGUGAACGUCCUCCUGGCUUAUGGCCUCUUGGAUUAAGUCUGAUCAAUGCGGUUAAGUCAGUAGCAUCCGAAACAAUUCGUGGUUUAACAAGUCCAUUCCGUUUCGAUAAACAUGGUCUGAGAACACUAUUUGAUUUGACUACUUUGGAACUUACACAAGGUGGAUUUAAACCAACUGGGGUAUGGAAUAUUGAUGAGAGAAUGAAAGUUGCAAAACAGCCUGCAAUCACAUUACCAAAACAGCUGCCUAAAACCAAAGGUGUAGUACUCAAGGUGACUACAAUACCUGAUGCACCUUUUAUGAUUCCAAUCAAAUUUGAUGCUUAUGACAGACCUCUCGGCACUCCGGAUGCAUGGAUGGGAUACUGUAUUGAUUUGUUGAAUGAAAUUGCCGCAGACGUAGGCUUUAACUAUACAGUGCAUAUAACACCUGACCGUCAGUAUGGUUCUGGAAUAGAUUUUGGAAAUGGAACAGUUUUUUACAAUGGUAUUAUGGGCGAAUUAAUCCGUGAGGAAGCUGAUAUGGCUGUUGCUGGUUUCACAAUAACAUAUGAACGUGAAAAACUUGUCGACUUUAGUACUCCUUGGAUGACAUUGGGUGGAAGUAUUUUAUUUACAAGACCUAAAAGUCAAAAACCUUCAUUAUUUUCAUUUCUUCAACCACUUUCACCUCAGGUUUGGUUAUACGUAAUUGUCACAUAUUUAGCUGUAUGCUUAUGCUUAUUUGUGGCAGCUCGUCUGUCUCCACAUGAAUGGACAGCUCCGCAUCCGUGUGAUGAAAGGGGAGACACCAGAAAAAAUCAGUUUACAUUAUUGAACAGCUUUUAUUAUAAUGUGUCUGCUUUGCUCAACCAAGGUACUGAACUGGCGCCACAUGCUACCUCAACAAGGCUGCUGACAGGAGUAUGGUGGUUUUUCGCUUUGAUUAUUAUUGCCACAUAUACGGCUAAUUUGGCUGCCUUUUUAACUGUUGAAAACAUGAAAUCACCGAUUGAAAGUGCUGAAGACUUAGCCAAUCAAGAAAAGAUUAAAUAUGGCACCUUAAAAAGUGGAUCAAGUCGUGAUUUCUUCCGAACAUCAUCUCUGCCGACAUUUAAGAAGAUGGGUGAAUUCAUGGAUAAAUAUCCAGAUGCAACUGUAUCGACAACAAAAGAAGGCAUUGAUCGUGUUCUUCAAGGUAAUUACGCCUUUAUCUUAGAAUCAACUUGGAAUGAGUACUACGCUCAAAGAGAUUGUCGUUUAACUCAAGUUGGCACUCUGCUUGAUUCUAAGGGUUAUGGUAUCGGAUUCCCUCAAGGUUCACCCUGGAGAGAUCCCGUGUCAAAAUCAAUUUUAAAACUGCAAAAUGCUCAAAUAUUAGCUAACCUGAAGCGUGUAUGGUGGAAUGAAUUUAACAUCACAGAACCAUGUUCUUUGCUUCGUGAAUCAGGGAAAGCUCCAAGUCCACUAGGAGUGGAACAAGUUGGCGGUGUAUUUAUUAUGUUGUUGAUCGGCUUUGUUAUGGGAUUUGCUGUGUCCAUAAUCGAAUUCCUUGUAGCAACAAGAGACCAAAAGAAGGCAGCAGUGUGGCGUGGUAUGUGGAGAGAACUGAAGUUUGCUACUCGUUGUCUUACAACAUCUCGUCGUCUGAAAUCAGAUAUCCCUCGAUUAUCUCGAUCACGUUCAAGCAAUCGACUUAUCUCUUCUGUACCUAAUAAUCUGAGCGCUAUAAAUAACUCCCCUAAUUCUUCAGCGUGUGCGGAAAACCUUCAUCAAACCAAUAACAUCAAAAUAGUCAAUAACAUUGGUACAAACAGUCAUGUGUCUGGAAUAAAUUCACGAAUGAAACAAGAUACAUCUAGAGAUCAUUUGUUGAUGUCUGAAGCCAGACCUUCUUCAUGUGAGCAGCAGCUGCAUACAGCACCAUCUGUGCAACAACAGGGAGUUCAUCGAUUCGAACAGAGGUCAGCUGCUCUUCAGUGUCCAGGUUCGUUUGAUCAGAGUGAUAUAUCAGCAGGCGUUUCAAGUGAUCCACAAAAUUAUGUCUGUCGCCAACAACAACAUCCGUAUGUUCAGCAACAGCCCCAGCAAUUUCAACAACUACAGCAAAUUCCAUAUUUACGCAGUGAAGCAGAGAUAAAACGAGUGGCGAUGCCAUCAGGUAUAUUUCGACCAAAUAUGAAUGGUGACUCUGAAUUGUGGCAAGUUAAUCAAGGGAAAUAAAACGAUGUUUUUGUGCUCAAAAGUUCAUGCUAACACUAACUAGGUGCCCAAAUAUUGAUAUAAUUUGAACAAUUUCUGCUAUUCAUAUAACUUAAAGUCUCGAAAAAUGUCCUUUACAGAUUUAAAUACAGUUUUAGUAACAUUUGCCUUUAAACAACACUUAUUUGUGCUUUCAUAUUGAAAAGAAAAGUUAAUGAAUUAACCCAAUAGAAGAAUGUUGUGUUUGUAGUCUUAAUGAGUUAAAUUGAUAUUUGGCACCCAAUUCACAUGUUGUUAUUUGGUUGGGGGAAACUAACAAUGAGACCCAGGAUGUGCAUUUCGUCCUAUCUGAGACUUGACAUCUGGAUAUGCCGGCAUUCUUGGUGACUGAUGAUGUUCCCACCAGGUUUCAAACCAAGUGCCAUUUGUCCAAUAAAAUUAAUCAGCAGUAAAUACAAAAUUACAUUAAGCAAAUAAAAAGUGAUAAGUUGCAUUUGCGGGAAUGCGAUUGACUUCAAGCAAGAUUUCAUAAC